AUGAGAGCAGGUAAAAUAGAGCCUGACCAAUUCGGUCCUGAAACCAAACAGCUCUACACACCCACUAGCGCCUAUUCGUCUGUAAGAGUAUGGCUGGGUAUUACCUAUAGCCGGCUUCACGGAGUAGUGCCAACACUCUCCGGUAAAACAAAAAUCCAAUAUGCCCGUUUGCUAGUGACUGCAACCGCGCGUUUUGGACGCAUUUCCAAGUGGAAGGGUAUGCUCACAAUUAUCUACCUCUUAUCGAAUUCCGAUAACAAAAAUGAAAGUGAAAGUACUUCAACUUACCUUGUAGAAGAGCCGUUAGGAUUGUGA